UUAAUACGAUUGCAAAAAUAUUAAAAUAGUUUUUGAAUGUCUUCUUAUAUAUUAUCAUAUAUAAUUUAAUAAUAAGUAAUACUGUUUGAUAUAUAUUUUACAUGGGGUGUUUGUCAAUUGUAAAAUAAAAUAUAAAAUGGGGUUAGGAAAACUUUGGAUACGAGUAUUUGGAUGUAUAAUUACUUUAAUUUUAUUCUGGCAUCUCCUUAAACUUUGGAGCUCAUUUAUAAGUGAUGUGCGAAAUGUACAACAGAGUGAACGGAAAGAUCAAGAGUUUGCGGCUGUUAUUAAUGAUUAUAAAGAUGUACAAAAAAUAGUUGUUGCUGUUUAUUAUGAAGCAUUAUGUCCUGAUUCGCGUGGAUUUGUAAUGAGACAAUUGGAGCCAACGUAUCAAAAGUUACCUAAUAAUGUUGUCAUUCAAAUGAUUCCAUAUGGAAAAGCUACGACUACUGAACUACCAAAUGGCUAUAAAUUUAUAUGUCAACACGGUCCAAGAGAAUGUGAGGCAAAUAUGAUUCAUGCUUGUGCUAUCGAUAUUAUUAAAAACCCCGCUGUUCAAUUACAUUUCUUAACGUGUAUGAUUGAACAUAAUUUAUGGCCAGUAAAUAUAACACGUACAUGUGCUGAAAAAUUCCAUUUAGAUGCUGAGCCAAUAUUAAACUGUUCUAAAAAAAAUCGAGGAGCUGAAUUAUUAGCACAAUAUGGCAAAAUGACAAAUGCAUUGAAACCUGCUAUUACUUUCAUUCCUACAAUUACUCUUGAUGGUAAUUCCGAUGACCAGACAGCGAUUCUCAUAAAUCUACUCCGAGAAGUUUGUAAAAAAUUUAAAAUUCUUCCUGCUGGCUGCGAUUCACUUCCACUAGAAUAAUUAUAAAAAAAUUAUUAAAUAAAUUUUUACACAAGUAAU